GUAAAUGUUUAAUUAGAAAAGUUUCUGUGGUAAAUUUCCCUGGAGCUGGAGAAAUAGAAAUACAGAAAUAUAUGUGGCCUGCCUAAUUCUAAAAAUAAAACACAAAAGCUAAUGAAAAUGCUGAUGUGAAGAGUAAGAAGUAAUUUUAGCAUUAGGAGAUAUAAAAUCAAGAGCAGAUGUAAGAAGCUGAAAUAAUAAUAUGUAAUUAACAGAUUCUAGAAAUCUUCUCCACACCUGUCUAGUAUGUAAAAUGUUUGUUGAAGUGCUAUUCCUUCUAAAAUAAUUUGUCUUCUCACUUUCUACCAAUAAGGGAAAACAAAUCACCUUACAACAAAACACCACAGGAGUGGAAAGUUUUAAGUAUCAUAUUGGGUCAGAAAGCAAGCCAGCAACAUCCCUGAGGCAGGAUUGAUAUGAAAUCAUAGUCUGCAUUAUCAUGCCUUUAUGUUUCCAGAAACCACAAACCUUCACUGAAUAUGUAUAUUGCUCCCUACAGCUUGUAUAAGGAGAUGUGUUAAACAGUUUAUUCUCUUGGCAGAGAUACAAGCCUAUUUCUGAAGAAUGGCAUUGAGUGACCUCCUUUACCCAGAUAAUCCCAAGAGAAAGCAAGAACUGAUCCAUCUGCAUCAGGAAUUGCUUGACUGUAUGUCUACAAAUUUCCAUGCAACAAACGAGCUGGUUGGAGUGCUGAAUGAACACCUGGGCUGCACUAUUACCCCCAUUGAGAUGCGAGAGAGCAGUACAGUCAAGGAAAACUGUGAGAUUAUCAUUCAAGUGAUGAAUGAGAUUCAGCAUCAGGUGCAGAAGAUUGAUAGUGACAUGAAGGACAAGCUUGAGCCAGUGCUGUACCAGAAGCUAUAUGAUAUCAAAGAGCCUGAGCUGGAGAAAAUUGCAAUAGCCCAGAGAGUUUUUUCCAUUAUUUUUGGAGAAGCAACUUCAACAGCUGCAAUGGUAGCUAUCAAACUUCUUGGCUCCAAUCAUUUAACUCUCACUGUGAGCAAGCUCAUCGGUCUCCUUGCACAGAUUGGGGCAUCUGUUCUUGGGGGAGUUAGUAUUACCAUUAUUGGGCUUGGCCUUGAGAUGAUUCUCCAUGCCAUUCUGGGAGCUGUGGAGAGGAGUCAGCUUCUGACAGCUGUGAGAAGCUACGAGAAGCACCUGGCUGAGUUUAAAACAGCCUCAGAAAAGUACCAGCGUGCCAUACAUGAAGUGACUUCUUUGGUGAGACAGCAAGUUCAGUAAAUGAAGGUGGAGUUCUGUCUUCUGCUGUCACAGCAGCUGCAGCAGCUUAUGCCUGCAGAAACCUUUUUGAUUCAUUAGGACAAAUGAACUACUGAUGGCUUUUUAUUUUCUUAUUUGUGGCAGCAGGACAAGAAAAGUGGUAGUUCAGGAAACUGGCAUUGAAAUAUAUUAGUAGAGAACUGAUUUACAGAUGUUUUGUGGGGGCAAUGUUUAAAAUGCUUUGCACUUUUCCAUAAGCUUAUUUUCUGGGAAUCAUCUCUAGUACGAACUGUAAUUCAUACUACAGACAAGAAUACAAACUGCUGGACUGGUAGUGGUGAGGUGUGUUUCUGUGUCAAAGAUGACAACAGAAAGGGAGAAAACAAAUUUCAACAAGGCAAUUCAUGCCAGCAUCUGGAGGCUUUUCGAAGACAUCUGUGGUUGCUAAAGUCUUAGUGUGGUUUAGUGCUAAAUCUGAUAAACUGAAUUCAAUUACAAGGACUAGCUGAAGCAUAUUUAACUGCUAUUUCCUACCCUCCUAAGGAGCCAGCCAGAGAUGAUCUUUAAAUAAACUAUAAUCCCAGUAGAUUGGCAGGUAAGAGAAGCCUGGGCCUACAUGCAAACAGACACAACCUUGCUCCACAACUGAGAGAAACCAGAUGCUGGGCUCCGGGUGUGAACAGCCUCUUGUGCUUGUAAUGCUCUGCUCCUGCCAACCAAUGUAAAAAUUUCUGUGCAAAGUUGCUCUUCUGUUGAUUGAAGUGAGAUUAUACACGUCUGUAAGUGCCUGUAGGAUUGCAGCCCUAUUAAACUAAAAUUAUUUUCAAGUGCUUUACCUGAUCCCACCAAUCUGGGACUGCCAAGAAUGUGCUCAAAUUCUGCAUUUCACAAUAUGCUACCAACUGUCCUUAUUUUCCAGAUUUUUGCUCUGAUAUGCAGUGGAUUGUUUUUUCUUGAUCUUAGAAAAAAAGCUAAUUUAAGAAUUAAUAAAAAUGUGCAUGAGUAUUGGAA